CUUCAUUAUAUAAGAUAAGGUAUAAAGUCUCUCGAUGUAUAUAUGGUUUUGUGCUAACGUUUGUUCUGAAAUACCAUUUGUGGAAGUGAAACUAAUAAAUGGAAAAACGCCGAAGCAAUAAUGAAGAAGCCCUCUAUUUCACUCGCUGUUCCGAAGAGGUGAGCAGCAUCGAGUGGGAGUUCAUACACAUGUCUGAACAAGAGGAAGAUCUAAUCUCUAGAAUGUACAAGCUCGUCGGAGACAGAUGGGGUCUUAUAGCUGGACGGAUUCCGGGUCGGAAAGCAGAAGAAAUAGAGAGGUUUUGGCUAAUGAGACAUGGACACGCGUUUGCCAAUAAAAAAAAAUAACAACUCAUUCAAUUGAUGUAAUUUCUAAUAAUUAAUGCAUAUUAUUAUUUGCUUUGGUUUUCUUUUUCGGAAAAUAAAAUGAAUUUUGUAAGAGUAAUGAAACGUGCAUUUAAAAUAUAUAGCUUAAUAUUAUACAUAAAUCACAUUUAUAAAAGUAUAGACUCAUUAUUUUAAAAAAUAAUAAUAUAUGACUAUGUAUAAUAUUUAAAUACAUAUAUUUUAAAUGCACAUAUAAUUACUCUUUAUGAUUUUCUAAGUUCAAGAAUUGAUUGAUCAAUUCAAAUUUCAAUCAUUAAUCCGACAUUUUAUAUAAUGAAUGAAAUGCAUUUUUAAUAAGACAAAAUUUAAUCUUA